AUGCAUACAUCCGCCCGCUUCCCGAAGCCUAACUCGAGUACUCCGUCAGAUGACCUCCUCCCUCCCCCCUCUCGUUCAAGCAUGCUCCGGUGCGCUCGCAAGCGCGUCAGCGAACGCCAUCUCAUACCCGCUGGACCUUGUCGCGACGAAGGUGCAAACGAGCAGAAAUCUGCAUCGUCGUGGUACGAGAGUUUACUUCCAGACAUUCAGCUGAUUGACUCGCAAACCACAGAUCUGUGCGGUACCCUACACAUCCUACGACACAUCUUCCACACUCGUGGUGUUCCCGCCACCCUACGAAAGGCCCUAAUCUCCCCCACUGCACCCUCCCUGCUGGGGGGCCCUACCGAACUCGCUAUCGGCUUCAUUGCGGGUGUAGCAAGUCGUGCCAUAUCAACCCCGCUCAGUGUCGUCACUGUGCGAUUGCAGAGCAGCGGCGAUGACGAUGAUGCUAUAUUGGCAGACUCAAAAGUAAAGCAACAGAAACGGACGUGGUCUGCAACUGAUGUGAUUCGAGAUGUCUAUCAGGAACAAGGCCUUGGAGGAUUCUGGGCAGGCUUCAUACCCGCCCUCCCGCUUGCACUCACGCCUGCGCUCAGCCUCCUCUUCUUCAAGAUUCUAAACCGGAUGCACUUCCCGCUCCUCCCAACGACCACUGCUACCCCUGCGCGGGCGGCGCUCCGGGCGUUCCUCGACGGCGCAUGCUCAAACGCACUCGCACUCGCUUUGUUAUACCCUGUCGUCCUAGCCAAGGUGCGCGUACAAGCGUGGCGGCCGACCCUGCAGGAAGGCGCGUCGCGAGGCGCGACAACGAUGAUGGACGUAUGGCGCACUGCGCUCACUCAGAGGGGGUGCGCAGGGCUGUAUGAUGGGCUUGGCGCGCAGAUCGUAAAAGGGUUCGUGAACCAGGGUGUAACGAUGAUGGUAAAACAGAGGAUUGAGCAGGCUCUUGUGAGGCUCUAUGUCCGCGGAUAA